CCGCCCCGGGGCCGGUCGGUGCUAGGGGCGGAGGUUCGGCGGCGGCGGUGCCCGGCGCGCUGCAGGGGCAGCCCGGCAGCCUCGGGGCCGCCAUGCCCGCUAAGUCCAAGUACAACCUGGUGGACGACCGGCACGACCUCCGCAUCCCCCUGCACAACGAGGACGCCUUCCAGCACGGCAUCUGCUUCGAGGCCAAGUACAUCGGGAGCCUGGAUGUGCCGCGGCCGAACAGCCGGGUGGAGAUCGUGACGGCCAUGCGGCGGAUCAGGUAUGAAUUUAAAGCCAAGAAUAUCAAGAAGAAGAAAGUGAGUCUCAUUGUGUCAGUGGAUGGUGUGAAAGUCAUUCUGAAGAAGAAGAAGAAGCUUCUCUUAUUGCAGAAAAAAGAAUGGGCCUGGGAUGAGAACAAAAUGCUUGUCAUGCAUGAUCCCAUCUACAGGAUAUUCUACGUGUCUCAUGACUCCCAGGACCUAAAGAUCUUCAGCUACAUUGCCAGGGAUGGGUCUAGCAAUGUCUUCAGGUGCAAUGUCUUCAAAUCCAAGAAGAAGAGCCAAGCCAUGCGCAUUGUCCGUACAGUGGGGCAGGCAUUUGAGGUCUGCCAUAAGCUGAGCCUGCAGCACACCCAGCAAAACGCAGAUGGACAGGAGGAUGGAGACAGUGAGAGGAAUGGGGACGACCUGGAUGUUCCAGCCUGCCGCCUCGCUGGUGCAGAGAGGGCUGCCUCAGCAGAGGAGACAGACAUUGACGCCGUGGAGCUGCCGCUGCCCGGAGCUGACAUCCUCGACUUCAGCCGUGGCGUGACCGACCUCGACGCCGUGGGCAAGGAGGCAAGUGCCUACGCUGAUGUCAAGAGUUGCCUCCACCCUGAAGAUAUCCUGACAGCAUCACCCAAGAUGCUUCUGCCCUCGUCUGCCCAGCUGCCCGACCUAGGAACGCCCCUUUCUGCCCACCACCAAAUGCAGCUUCUCCAGCAGCUCCUGCAGCAACAGCAGCAGCAGACACAAGUGGCUGUGGCACAGGUCCACUUGCUGAAGGACCAGCUGGCUGCAGAGGCAGCAGCACGGCUAGAGGCCCAGGCUCGUGUGCACCAGCUCCUGCUCCAGAACAAGGACUUGCUGCAGCACAUCUCACUCCUGGUCAAACAGGUGCAGGAGCUGGAGCUGAAGCUGGCAGGGAACAACACCACGGGCUCCCAGGACAGUCUGCUGGAGAUCACCUUCCGCUCCAACGUGCUCCCUGUCCUCUGCGACCCGACCACCCCGCAGCCUGAGGACACUCACCCGCCACCGCUGGGCCCCAGCUCGGGCUUCCCCAGCAACCUGGGCAGCCCCAUAGUGGACCAGAGCAUGUUUGAGAAUGCCAGUGCCAGCACAGCACCCACUCCACGACCACAGCACAUCCCAGCUGUGCCAGGUGUCCCACAGCCCUCACGCCCUGCUGGCAGCCAGCACUUCCGCAACCUGGGCAAGGCCGUAGGUGCCAAGGUGAAUGACCUCCUGCGCCGCAAGGAUCCAGCUGGCCUCCCCAGCAUGGGGGUGAUGGAGGUGAACGCCAGCGCCGGGGCCAUGCUGAGCACAGGACAGCCAGCUGGCGAAGAUGGGGCUGUGGGGCUGGAUGCCUUUCCCCGCCUGGACCCCCCACCUUCCAUCGGCAAGAAGCGGACACCACGUGCUCUGAAGACCCCCCAGGACAUGCUUAUCGCACCACAGCCAGCAGGGACCAGCCAAAAGAGCAGCAUAGAAGAGCCUUCUGAGCCACCCACAGCCCACUCUGACCCUGCAGAGGAGCAGCUGGAGAUGAGGGACCUAUCGCCUCCACAAUGCCCUGCUGUUCCCACCAUGAUGGGCAGCCCAGAGCCCAGUGAGGACCAGCCCACUGGUGCUCUUCCCGUGCCUGACCUCAUCCAUAAGGGCAGCCUGGAAAACCAGUGGCGGGCAGGAGAGAGGGCUACUGAGACCUCACCUCACAUAGAGAAGCCUUCCCAGAGACCCGGGCUGGAGCAUGAGCCAGUGGGGAGCACAGGGCAGCCGGAGCCGUGUGCUCCCAGCUGGGAGGUGGAGGGGGCCCAUCCUGACCUACUGUCCUUUGAGUAGCAGCAGCGGUGCUGCGGCAAGGGCACCAUGGAGGCUGGCUCUCACAGGUGUCCCUCGCUGCCACUUACCAUUUUUGGGGUCCUGUUUGGAGAGAGGGGAGCCCAUGGUAGCAGAAGUCAUUGCUGCUCCAGUGUGGGGUUUGGGGAUGCAUGACACCGCUUUUCCUUGGAUUCCCAGGAGGGGCACAGCCUGCCCUGCUGUGGCUUCUACAGCUCCAUCCUGAGCCUAUUAAUCCCCUGGUCAGUGCAAAGGUCCUAUCCUCUUAUGGUGCCACCACCAUGUCUGCAGCCAGGGGCCAUGCUGAGCUGGGGACAGAGGAUGGGCUUGCUCAGCAGCCUGGGUCCUCAUGCAUAGGUGCAGAAGCACCAGCCUGCCCCCAGUGCUGCCAUCUGUGCUACUGGCAAGUGGCUCCCUAUAUCUGGGCUGCCUCCCCCAGCCUGGAGCAUGUCUCAGCUUACAUCAUGUGCUUGUUGAGAUAUGUCAUCCCACCUAGUGGCCAGUGCCAGGGAGCUGGGAUGGCAGACAUCCCCAAGGCCUUCUCCAAGUGUCAACCCCUUGACAUGAGCUUCCCCUGUGACAUCUGUCUUUGCAGCAGCGUCCCAGCUGCAGAUGACCUGCUUAUGUUUUAGGCUCUAACGUGGAACAGGGCUGGGUGCCUGGGGAUGCACGUCUGUGUCCCAGUGAGUGGGCUGAGGUAGGGACGAGAGCUCCCUAUCAGACCUCCCUUCAGCUCCUGCUUGUUUUCUUGUCUUGCCCCAACCAUCAUGGACCAUACUGAUCUGCCCAUGCAGGCAGCCCAUCCCAUGUGGUCCAGUGCCGCUGCUCUCCUCCUCUUGCUAGGAUGGUGAUGUUUUGGCAGGUCUAGGGCACAGGAAGCCACAUAAUCCUCUAUGAUUGCUUCCCUGUGAACUGCCAGAGAGCCAGCCUGUGCCCCCCGGGCUGGCACAAGGAAGCAGCAGCAAGAUAGCACUUUUUGCUUAGAGCUUUGUGCUUCCUCUCCCAUAAGGUGGUUUUGAGAGGAAAAGCUCCAGAUAUGGGUUGGAGGAGGCUAGGGGCUCAUGGAUGGGGCGCCUCUGCUUACAGCUCCUCCUGGGCCCUGCAGGGUGGUUGGGCUGAAGAAAUUUCUUCCACCACCCAAAGCUUGAAUGAAGGAGGCCAUGAGCACAAAUCCCUUUGCCCUGGGAGCAGCCACUGUGCCUCCAUGCCCACUGCUGUGGUGGGUGCUGUAGUGAUGCUGAAGAAGGAGGGAGACACCAGAGAUGGACAGAGCCUGCGGGCAGCUUGUGGCUGGUGCUGAAGUCUAACAUACCCUGUGUGUAAAGUGAUUAUGCUGUGCAUGGAUGAUUCCAGCCUACAGACAGAACUUUAUAUGAGUGUAUAUAUAUGUGUAUGCUGCCUAGACCUACACUGCAUUGUAUAUGUUGAUGAAAACAAAGACUUGUAGCCCCUCUUUGAGGAACCAGUGUCUUCCAACCCUGCCGAUCACAAGGGUCCAGUCCCUCUAUUUAUGUUGUCUAGAUCGUGUGUGUAGUUUGGGACAAAAGAUUCAGGUUGCACAAUAAAUGUUGUUGUUUUUUUAACUCACA